AACAAAAUAAAAUAUAAGGGUACCCAAACCCAAUAUAGAAAUCAAUCGCACAAAGUGAUAAAUAACAGUGCAAUAAGGUCAUAAUCUCCAGAGAAAACUGCCCUAAAAAAACCAAGCCGUUAUCGCGUAAAACAGGUUAGAAAGUUCACUGACAUAUUGAAACAAUUUCUAGAAUAUGAGGUUAUGUUGCAAUGCAAAACAAUAAACAAGAAGAAACAUAAAUACUAAAUAGAGUUAAUUUAUGUCACUGAAUGAAAGUAAUUAUCGAGAGUCUUCGUAAAGUUUUUAAAAGCAGAAUGUCCACUCGAAUGGAAACUUUGUGGAAAUCGGCCUUGAAAACAUUCACAGGCCGAAAUAGCGUUGGAUAUAAAGUUUGUCAGAAAAAUUUCGAAAAAUUGUGUACUCUGAUGAACGAAAUAACAGCUGAGGAUGUUCACGUCACUCCUGAGGUACUCCGUUAUGUGCAUUUGCAAUCAGCUCCGAUGUGUGUUAUUGAUGUAUUUGAAAAUCAAGACAUCACAAUUGCAAUUUUUAUUUUAAAACAUGGAGUGACAAUGCCCAUGCACGAUCACCCAGACAUGCAUGGAUUAUUAAAGGUACUUAGUGGCACCGUGAAAAUAAACAGCUACACAAUUCAGAACGAAGGCGAUUGCAUUAUAAAACCAGAUCAGGAAAUAUCGGCUAUUAAGCAUCCGCCAAUCGUAGUCAAGAAAAACGAUCCUGCCUGUGUUUUAACUCCCCGGGACAAAAACUUACACGAAAUUUUGUGUAUAGAAGGACCCGCAGCAUUUUUAGACAUUCUUAGUCCCCCAUAUCACGUAGACGUUUACGGCGAGGGAGAAAGGCCCUGUACUUAUUUUAAAGCAAUCUCCUCGAAUUCAGUGUCUGAAGCUGACAAAAAAUCAGACAAAGUGCAAUUAGUGGUAACAGACACUCCACCAGAUUUCUACUCUAGAGGCUUAGCGUACAAUGGCCCACCUUUGAGUUGAUUCCCGUGUUUUUGUAUGUAAAGUAAAUUGAUUCUGUUAAUCUUUAUAAAAGAAUACUUCCCUUUCAAAUAUUGAAAACGAAAGAGAAUAAUAUCUUCUUGACUUGGCAAUCGGUGUACAUUUGGAAAUUAAACAAGUCUAGAAUUAAAAGAGAUUAAUGAAUUAUUUUAUGCAGUUUUAGCUCAACAAGUUUUCUCCGAGAGAUUGAUGUUCUCACAAACAUGAGAAUAUGCUCGACGUUUAUGUGCUUUGAGAAUUUAAUGAGCAUUUACAAGCAUUUUGAAUUAGGAUUUAAAAAAUCUUAUUUUAUGUCUUUAUUAAUAAUAAUUACAUUAUUUAAAUGUCACGGGAAAAUGUAUCGCUUCAAAUUGGGAAGAGGAGCUUAAUUUAAAUGGUAAAAGAAGUCAAAGUAAUAGAAAACAUAUUUUUUCUAAAUUUGUCUAGGUUUUCAAAUAAAAAAAAAAUUUGAACCUAAGAAAUGAAU